AUGUCGUCGUUCUCCAUCGAUCUCUCUGGCGGCCUGGUCAUUGUCACCGGCGGCAACCGUGGCAUUGGUUUGGCCAUGACCAGGGCGGUCGCCACGGCCGGCGCAGAUGUAGCCGUGCUCUAUCGCUCCCACCCAAAGGCGCAAGAGUCGGCGGAUGCUGUUGCCAAAGAGUUCGGCGUCAAGGUCAAGGCCUUUCAGUGUGAUGUCGGCGAUCUGCCGUCGGUCGAAAAGGCGGUCCAAGACGUGGCGGCCUGGGGCGGGAAAAUCACCGGUCUCAUGGCCAAUGCAGGCGUUUCUGUUGUCAAGCCUGCCUUUGACUUGACGCCCGAAGACUUCCACAAAGUCUACGAUACCAAUGUGCUUGGCGUCUUUAACAUCGCCAAGACGGUUGCCAAGUACUGGGUUGACAGCGGCUUCAAGGGCGGCGCCAUUGUGGUGACGAGCAGCAUGAGCUCAGGCCUGUACAACCAAAAGGGCCUCAGUGAUCCCUUGACUCAGGCCUUUUACAACUCCUCCAAGGGCGCCGUGACCAGCUUGAGCAAAGCCCUGGCGGCCGAAUGGGCACCGUACGGAAUCCGCCUCAACAUCCUCGAGCCGGGCUACUGCAACACGGAGCAGACGAGCAAGAUGGCUUCGGAGAUUCGAGAUUUCCAGGCGCAUUCGGUGCCCCUGCAGCGCUUCUCGGAGCCCCAUGAGCAGGCCUUCCCGGCCGUCAUGCUGCUCAGCAGCCACGCGAGCUACCUUACGGGAUCUGUUCUCCGCCCAGACGGUGGCUUCACCAUUUGGUAG